AUGCAUUCAGAUGAUAAACCAUUUGAAUGUGGUAUUUGUAGAAAAGGUUUUAAAACUAACAGUGAAGUUAAGAGACAUCAUAUAGUUCAUUCUGGUGAAAAACGUUUUAUGUGUGAUAUCUGUUCUAUGUGUUUUAGUGCUGGUAGUAGUUUACAUCGUCAUAUGAGAAUACAUCGCGGAGAGAAACCCUAUCAAUGUGAGGCAUGUGGUAAAUCAUUUAGAUCUAGUGGAGACGUGACUAAACAUAAUUUAACUCAUACUGGAGAGAAACCUUUUAAAUGUCCAUUUAAAUGUGAACAUUGUCCAAUUACUAUGUUUACUAAAUCUCAAAUUAAAGUUCACAUGCGAACACAUACCAAGGAGAAACAUUUUAAAUGUGAACAAUGUGAUGUAAGAUAUGCUACACGUGAAGCGUUAAAAGUUCACAUGCGUUCUCACACUGGUGAAAAACCUUACGAUUGUGAUGUUUGUAGGAAAGCUUUUGCUUCUGUUACAGCUCUAAAAGUACAUGCUGUCAUCCAUUCUGGAGUGAAGAAAUUUCAAUGUCAAGUGUGUAAUAAAUUAUUCUCACAAAACGCUCACCUUAAAACACACGCCCUCAUUCAUACAGGAGAACGGCCAUUUUCUUGUACUGAUUGUGAUCAGAAGUUUACCAGGAAACAUCAUUUAGAUAAUCAUAUUAAAAUACAUACCGGAGAAAAACCAUAUCACUGUAUAGUAUGUCAUCAAACAUUCGCCUUAAAACAAUAUCUAGUCUCACACAUGCGUGUUCACACCGGAGAGAAACCCUACAAAUGUCCAGUCUGCCAUGUUGGAUUUAGUCAGUAUACUGAACAGAAGAUUCACACCAGACGACAUCUCAAAUCAGAUUAUGUUACUCCAAGUAGAAGUCAGAGGAGAAAAAGAUUGGCACGUGUUAAAACUACUGUGGUAAAAUUUACAGAUGAUUCAGAUGAAUAA